CGCAUAGCCGUUGAUAACCAACCACCAAACCAUUCGUUCGGAUAAGAAAGAGAGAGAGAUCCUUCGUACUGCAACAAUGGCUACUACUACCAGUUUACGUCUGGGCGAACCAGUCACCUUGGUCAAACCUUCUUUGACUUCUCUCUUCCUUCCUCGCUUCAUCCCUACAACUUCAUUACCACCAUCUUUGCACCCUCGAGCUUGCUCUCUUCAAAAAACAACCCACACUUCAUCCUUCAAUCGCAGACACUUAAUCUCUCAAACCGCUUCGUUAUCGCUAUCUCUCUCCAUCGCUACUACAUUAUACCAACAACCCGCUAAGUCUGAAGAAACGCUCUCUGCCUGGGAGCGUGUCUACCUUCCUAUUGAUCCUGGUGUUGUUCUUCUUGACAUUGCUUUUGUGCCUGAUGACUUGAACCACGGCUUUCUGUUGGGAACCAGGCAGACCAUUUUGGAGACCAAAGAUGGUGGAAAAACUUGGUUUCCACGUUCGAUACCGUCUGCGGAAGAGGAAGAUUUUAAUUAUAGAUUUAAUUCGAUUAGCUUCUUGGGUAAGGAAGGUUGGAUUGUUGGAAAACCCGCAGUUUUGUUGUACACUUCUGAUGCUGGAGAAAGUUGGGAAAGAAUUCCGUUAAGUGCUCAACUUCCUGGAGACAUUGUGUAUAUAAAGGCCACUGGUGAAAAGAGCGCAGAGAUGGUAACAGACGAAGGUGCAAUAUAUGUUACAUCGAAUAAGGGCUAUAACUGGAGGGCUGCGGUACAAGAGACUGUUUCUGCUACUCUUAACAGAACAGUUUCUAGUGGUAUUAGUGGUGCAAGCUACUAUACUGGAACUUUCAAUACUGUUAAUCGCUCUCCAGAUGGAAACUAUGUUGCCGUCUCUAGCCGCGGUAACUUCUAUCUAACUUGGCAGCCUGGGCAGCCAUUUUGGCAGCCACAUAACAGGGGAAUUGCAAGAAGAAUCCAGAACAUGGGUUGGAGAGCAGAUGGUGGUCUUUGGCUUCUUGUUCGGGGAGGGGGGCUUUUUCUCAGCAAAGGCACUGGGAUAACAGAGGAGUUUGAAGAAGUUCCAGUUCAAAGCCGUGGUUUUGGCAUUCUUGAUGUUGGAUACCGCUCAAAGGAUGAGGCUUGGGCGGCAGGUGGAAGUGGGAUUCUUUUGAAAACAUCGAAUGGUGGCAAGACAUGGAUUCGUGACAAAACAGCGGACAAUAUUGCUGCGAAUCUUUACUCAGUGAAAUUCAUCAACGAGCAGAAAGGAUUUGUUUUGGGGAAUGAUGGUGUAUUGCUUCAGUAUCUAGGAUAGAGUUGAAAUGGUGUAUGAGGAUUGCAAUUUUGUAUAGCUAUAUACCUUCAAGUUGUAAAGAGGGAUGUGAUUCUGUAUGUGAAUGUAACCAUUUCAUUUAAAUUACUUGAAAAUCCUGGCAAGAGCCUUUUGUUUUCGGUGGAGAACUUAAACAAUGAUUUGUUAACAGUUGCACUAAGAAAGGUCAAUUUAGUUUGAAUAACGAUUUUAAUUUUGU